UGAACUGAAUAUUUUAAAGAUUAAUGUUCUAUAUAUGUAUUUUAAAGUUAAGACAGUUGGUAUUUUGUAUUUAGACCUGUUUCAUUUUCAUGCAUGAUACUGUAACCUCCUCCAUUCCAGAAUGCACUAAUUUAUUGACAAGCUGUUGCUCAUUAUAAGAGAAAUCAAAAGUUACACUUUAAAUUUAUCAAUAAAUAUUGAUUUGUUCGGUUUAAGAUGGCGUCAACAAGCAAAAGCCGCGGUCUACUCAUAUCAUGUCCAGAACACCCAGAAACGCCCCUGGUGGAAGACUAUCAUGCUGGGGACAUGAUCUGCCCGGAAUGUGGGCGUGUUGUGGGGGACAGAGUGGUUGAUGUCGGUACAGAAUGGAGAACAUUCAGCAAUGAAAAAAACAACAAGGAUCCAUCAAGAGUUGGUGCUGCUGAGAACCCGUUGCUAGAGGGCGGUGACCUGUCAACGAUGAUUGCCAUAGAUCCUACGAGUGCCCAGCAGCUGGAUGAGUUUGGGAAGCCCAUGUACAGGAACAGGCGUACUGUGAACAGUGCAGACAGAGCUUUGAUCAACGCGUUCCGAGAGAUCAGACAGAUGGCUGAUAGGCUGAACCUUCCAGAGAUGGUCUCCGAGCGUGGAAACACCCUGUUUAAGCAGGUCAAUGAUACAAAAUCCUUGAAAGGUCGUAGUAAUGAUGCGGUCUGCUCUGCGUGCAUGUACAUAGCUUGUCGUCAGGAGGGUGUACCAAGGACAUUCAAAGAGAUUUGUGCAGUGUCCAAGGUGUCCAAGAAAGAGAUAGGGCGGGUGUUCAAACUGAUCCUGAAGGCCCUGGAGACCAAUGUGGACCUCAUCACUACUGGGGACUUCAUGGCUCGUUUCUGUUCCAACCUUGCCCUGUCUCAGAAGAUUCAGAAGGCUGCUACAUACAUUGCAACAAAAGCAGUGGACCUCUACCUGGUGCCAGGGCGCAGCCCAGUCUCUGUAGCAGCUGCUGCCAUCUACAUGGCUUCACAGGCUUCAGAGGACAAGAAGACUCAGAAAGAGAUUGGAGACAUAGCUGGCGUGGCGGAGGUGACCAUUAGACAGGCCUACAAGCUCAUGUACCCCAAGGCUCAUCAGCUGUUCCCUGAGGACUUCAAGUUCCACACGCCCAUUGAACAACUGCCCACACAGUGAGGCUUGCGUGUAGACAUGGGGGCAAACAGUGAUGAUUACUGUUGUUUUGAGCAUUUAGCAACUCAUAUGAGUCUCGUUGUGGACAAACCGGACUUAAUGCAUUUGCACAAAGUGUAGUCCAAGAUUAGCCUGUGCAGAUUGCAAAAUGACGCCUUUUCUGCAUAAACUUGAUUUUCAUUAAAAAGAGACUUCCUGAAAACCUCCUUUAAAAAAAGUAGAUGUCAUCCUUGAUUGGCCUGUGCAGACUGCAAAGGCUAAUCUUGGAUGUCUAUGUACAUGCAUUAAGACCAGAUUUCCCAGGACGAGUCUCAAAUAGUGGAACUACGAAUUAACAGUUUUACAGUUAUUCUCCUAUCGGUAGAUCUGUAUGACAUUCUUUUCCACAAUUUUAUUGUUUGUUUGUUUUACAAUUCUUUCCAGAUAUUUUCGAAUGUUAUUGCAUUUUCAUCCAAUAAUAACUUUAACCUGUUAUCUGAGAUUGCAAAGUGAUUCAUCCUAAAAAUAUACAUACUUGCUAAACACUAAAGGUGAUGUUCAUAUCAAAAAGGGUUUAAAAACCAUGGAACUCAUCUGAAUAGAACUACUUGACUUCAAUGAAUUUCUUGGUGAAGUAGUUCGUGAACUUUUUUUACAGUGACCAAGGUCCCACAUUUUGAUGCUACACUUUUCUUUUCUGCAAUGAUUUACUAUCUGAAUAAUAAAAUGUGGCUUUCAAACAGUUAAAAUGAUAUUUGGAUCAUUUACAUGUAUUCUUUUAGUUUGUUUGUGUACUGAUAUUUGUAGUAUUUAUUCACUUUUCAAUGAAAAUAUUGACACAUGUCUUGUGCAAUUAAAAUGAAUUACAGCAGAGAAACUAAAGAUUGGUUAGAAAAAAAUUCUUCAACCAAUAUCUAAGUCAAAGAUGUAAUCAAAUUCUUUCCUAUGUCCUGAUAAACGUUUUAUUAAGAUGGA